AUGGCGAAAUUAACCAAGGAACGCACCUACCCGCUGAUGAGCCGCCGGGAGAUCGAGGCUCAGAUUGCUGAUGGGAGGCACAUGGUUAUCGUGGACGGACAUGUUCUCAAGGUCGAUGCCUUUAUGCAGUUUCACCCUGGUGGUGACAAGGCGAUGAAGCACAUGGUGGGGAGGGAUGCUACGGAUGAGGUCAAUGGGCUUCAUUCCCCUGAGGCGAGGGCGAUGAUGAACAAGUAUCGCGUUGGAAGGAUUGAAGGAAGGUGGAAUAAUUUCUUGCCGCCUAUUCAAGGUGGUAAAUUUAGGAAACGGCUUGAAGAUGGGGCAAUGGAGUUGGAAGAGGAGGAUGAUUCUGGACGGCUGUCGGCUCCGGCGGUGACGAUAACGGCAGACACACUGUCGAGCAAGCUGGAGUCUAGACCACCCUCGCCAGUGUUUGAUGUUGACGGUAGUGCUUUGCGGAAGAGACAGGUGAAGGAAUCAAUGGGGUCGAGUGCUGCGUCGAUAACCUCGGCAUCGUCGCUAGAGGAGUCUCAUGGUUAUGAGAGUCUACCUCUCGACGGCAUGGCCCACCUCGACAUCCUCACACGCAAGGAGAUCAAGCUUGACCUGGACAAAUACCCGGCUGUUGACCAGGAUACCCAAGAGGUCAUCGUCGAGAAGUACCGCAAGCUCCACGACCGCAUCAAGGCUGAUGGGUUGUAUGACUGCAACUAUUACGCCUACGUCAUCGAAUGCUCCCGGUACAUCACCUUUUUUGGCCUGAUGCUGCUGUUCCUCAAUUGGAAGUGGUACAUCCCCAGCGCUUUCUUUCUUGGUGUUUUCUGGCAUCAGCUUGUCUUCUCCGCCCAUGACGCCGGCCACAUGGGGAUUACGCACAAUUUUCAGGUUGAUACCAUUAUCGGGAUCAUCAUUGCGGAUUUCUUGGGAGGGUUGUCGUUGGGAUGGUGGAAACGCAGUCAUAACGUCCACCAUAUUGUGACAAAUUCGCCGGAGCACGACCCCGACAUCGAGCACAUGCCGUUUUUUGCUAUUUCCCACCGUUUUUUGGAGAGUCUGAGGUCGACGUACUACGAGCGGAUCAUGCCGUACGAUGCUGCUGCCAAGUUCUUCAUUUCGAUGCAGCACAACUUGUAUUAUGUCAUCAUGCUCUUUGGGAGGUUCAACCUCUACCGGUUGUCGAUGGAGUAUCUGGUCCUCGGGCAGGGGCCGAAAAAGGGGGUGGCGGCCUGGCACCGCUGGUUCGAGUUUGCUGGACAGGUCUUUUUCUGGUAUUGGUUUGGGUACGAGCUGCUGUACAAGUCCGUCGAUGGCGGUUGGAACAGGUUCUGGUUCGUGAUGGUCAGCCACAUGGUGACUUGCCCGCUGCAUGUGCAGAUCACGCUGAGCCACUUCGCCAUGUCGACGGCUGAUUUGGGGGUGGAUGAGAGUUUCCCGCAAAAGAUGCUGCGGACGACCAUGGAUGUGGAUUGUCCGACCUGGCUGGACUUCUUUCACGGUGGUCUGCAGUUUCAGGCGAUUCACCAUUUGUUUCCGAGGAUUCCGAGGCAUAACCUGAGGAAGACGCAGAGGUUGGUGCAGGAGUUUUGCGAUGAUGUCGGGAUUCCGUAUGCGCUCUUUGGGUUUGUGGAUGGGAACAAGGAGGUGAUUGGGAGGUUGGGGGAGGUGGCGAGGCAGGCGGCUAUUUUGAAGAAGUGUCAGGGGGUUAUGAUUGGGGAGGGGAGGGUGGAGGAUCAUCAUCAUCAACAUCACUAA